AACCUCCUCCUGAGAUAAUCUCUACAGAUGAAAGAGAAAAUUCCUUCACCAUUGUCCAAAAAGAUUCUUCUGAACUUCCAGCUACUCGGUCUGAUUCUGGAAGUUCAACAGAUAAUUCUGCUGUGGGAUACCUCAGUGCAUCUAAUUCUUCAUCGAGUUUCCACCAUAUCUCUAAAAGCUCAGAGGGACAAACCACUGGACAGGAACAAGACACAAAUGCAAAACCAUGUGAAGAUGGUAAAGACCAUAUGCAGAGUUCACCUUUGGUAGAAAGUCUAAUCACAGUGAAAGGGACAGUUGAAAAUAAUGACGAAGGCAACAGCUGUGUUAUUUCUCCAAGAAAUUCAUUGAAAGCUUUAUCAGAAGAGACAUGGGACUCAGGGUUUAUGGGCAACUCAGCUAGAACUGCUGACAAAGAGAAUGCUUUACAGUGCAGUUCAAAAAUACCUUUGUGCCAGGAUUUGGAGGCAAAUGAACAAGACACAAGGCCAAAGCAAGAGUACCAUCGUCAUUCACUAGGAAGAAAUAAGGUAGGUUACUAUUCACAUCCCAGUGACAAGGCCCAGUUUGAUCAUUCUAAAGAUGGCUGGUUAACCCCUAACCCCAUGCCAGCUGUGCACAAAGCUUCUAAUGGACACACAAGAAACAAGAUACCAAAUUCCAUCAAGACCGCUCGGAAAAGUAAAAGGGCAUCAGGAUUGAGAAUAAAUGAUUAUGAUAACCAAUGUGAUGUUGUUUAUAUUAGUCAACCAAUAACAGAAUGCCACUUUGAGACUCAACGAUCCAUAUUAUCUUCUCGGAAAACAGCCAGAAAGAGUACUCGAGGGUACUUUUUCAAUGGUGAUUGUUGUGAACUGCCAACUGUUCGCACACUGGCCAGAAAUUUGCACUCCCAGGAAAAGGGUUGCUGCUCAUUACCGACCUCAGAAGUGGUUUCAACUCCUAAGCCUUCUCUUAUAAUUCCAGCCCCUAGGCACAUGGUGGAUGUACAACCUCCAAGACAAGACAACCCUGAAGAGUCUGGUAAGGAAAUAACAAGAGAAGAGAGAAAUGGAGACCCUUCAUCUGCAAAAGCCUGUCAAGAGCCUGAGGUUUGCCCCAGGAUGUGUGAACCAAAUCCUAGCUGUUCCUCCAAAUCAGGGGAUACAUCAGCCUCCAGCCAAUUAGGUUCUCUCCCUGAUGAGGUCAGGCCAGAAGGCAAUACUGCACUGUCUACUCUCACAGCCGAUACAAUGUUUUUCCCUAAAGGAGACCAACAACCAGUUGUCCUGCUAGAUGCAGAGCAGAUGAAUGUACUUCAGGACUGCCAUCUGAUUCCCACCACUGAAAACACUUCUAGGAGAGACCCUGAAGAUAUCCUUACUAAAUCUCAAUCUUUUCCUGAAAUAAUCAGCAGAAAAGAAAGUCCUCUAUGCCCAGGAAACCAGGGUUCCCUUGUGGAGAUGGAUCCUCCUCUGAGUCUAGGACAGGCUGAUCACAGCCAAAGCCUCAGUACUGAGGUCCAAACUACAGACACUGAGGAGCUAGAUACUGAUUCAUUCCUGCGGCAAAGGAGCACUUUCACUAAUGGAAGUCCUAAUGAGAUGAAAAGAAGUGAAGCAGCAGGUGCUACAGGACAAUUGGAGGGAGAGAGUGAUAAAUACUCUUCAGAAAAAGAUAGGUGUGAUCUAAGCAUUGACCCAUCUGAAGAGAAUCUGGACAAGAAGAAAAGAGGCAAAAAGUCCCUUGAGGCCUCUGAUAGGUACCGAAGAAGUCCCCUUUCAGAGCCCUCCUCUUCUGAUAGCUGCCUGGAGAAACAAAGUUCCGAUUGUUCCUCUGCUUGUCCUGAGGUCAAGAUUUCUAAAAGCUGUGAUGAAAAGCAUUCUAAGAAAGAAGAGGACUCUGUUAUUACAACACCACAAGGCAUUCCAGAUGGCAUCACCUAUAUAGAAAACUUGGCAAACCCAACUGUCAGUGAGUGUCCCUCUGAGAAAGAUGCUGAGCAAGGGGAUGAAAGAGGUGGGAUCAUCACGAGGCAGAGUUUUAAAAACAUUCUAGUAACAGAAAUCAAGAAGGAAGAGAACAUUCUUCCUAGCAGUGAUCUCAUGACUACGGUUGCCCAGCCUCUCCCUGGUGAGAGACUAGAAGUAUAUGUUCAGUCUAAGAUGAAUGAGGGAGAUACUCACGUCCAGUCAGAAAGCAGUCCUUAUAAGAGGAACCCAGAGCAACCAGAAGACAGGCCAGAACACAUGCCUGCACAGGAUUUGGAGGCAGUUGAAAAUGAGGUAGAAAGUGAGGAUACCCAGCAUAGAGAUGAUACUAGCAUAGCUUCAUCUAGCUCAGCUGGGAUGUCAAAUAGUCAAGGUAGUGACACUGCUGGGCCACCAAAAUUGGGAGCAAGGCCUAAAAGAUUGAUCUCUUCAACCUAUAACCUGAGACAUGUUCAUUCUGUAGAUUACUUGGAUACUACAAAAGUGACAGCAGGAAAGGAAGCUGCACAAGUAAACUCCAUGCCAAAGGAAAGUGCUUCUGACAGUGCAGACCCCUCAGAUGAGGAUGAUGAAGACACAGUGGAUGAACAGCCCAAAUUUGUAGAGUGGUGUGCUGAGGAGGAGAACCAGGAGCUUAUAGCUAACUUCAAUGUUCAGUAUAUGAGAGUUCAGCGGGGAUGGAUCCAGUUAGAGAAAGAAGCACAGCCAACAGCAAGAGCAAGGAAAAAGUUAGAUAAGCUGAAAGAUAUUUGGAAAAGCAAGAAAAGGUCACGGAAAUGUAAGGGUUCCUUGGAGGUUCAGAAGUUUUCUCCUGUUCAGAUGCUGUUUAUGUCAAACUUUAAGUUAUCUAAUGUUUGUAAAUGGUUCAUGGAAACAACUGAAACCCGAUCUUUAGUCAUUGUAAAGAAGCUCAAUACACGCCUUCCAGGAGAUGUCCCACCUGUCAAACACCCUCUUCAGAAGUACUCUCCUUCUAGCCUGUACCCGAGUUCACUGCAGGCUGAACGAUUGAAAAAACACUUAAAGAAAUUUCCUGGCGCUACUCCUGCUAGGAAUAAUUGGAAAACGCAGAAGAUCUGGACUAAACUUAGAGAAAAUUUUAACCAAGCAGAGCCAGAGGGCAGCGUUGAUGUCAACCUCAGCCCUAAUUCUGAAGCCAGCGUAGAAGAAGUCAAGGAAGGAAGAAAUAGCCAUCCCCCCACAAACCUGCCCACUCCAGCCAGCACCCGAAUCCUUAGAAAAUAUUCCAAUAUUCGAGGGAAGCUCAGAGCCCAGAAACGAUUGAUCAACAUGAACAGUCCACUGGGCAUGGCUUCAGAAACCAAGCCAAGUCGGAAGACUGUGUGUAUCAAUCCUUUGAUGUCCCCAAAGCUCGCCCUCCAGGUGGGUGCAGAUGGAUUUCCUGUUAAGUCCAAGAAUGCUAAAGGUGUAAAGAGAAGGAAAGGGAAGCAGAGGCCUGAAGUCUUGCUUAAAGCUGAAGGUCAAAACAAACGCAGGAGAAUAGAAGGGGGCAGUACUCAAGACAGUAAGGACCGGGGCCUGGUGUCAAAAGCUAAGCGUGUGGAUGGAGCCACCCGAAUUACUGCCAAGAGGCCAGCUGCAAAGAACAAAAACAGCCAACUGCCUAAAAAGAUGUCUUCGAAAGAGAAUAAAACAAAGAUCCCUAAAAAGACCCCUAGAAAGAGCUUUCUUUCUUCUAGGAAAGAAAAAGAGAAUACAAACAAAAGACGUACCCAGCCCACCGGAUCCUCAGAAGCACUGAAACCUUCAAAAUCUACCAGGCAAAGAGGGAGUGGUGAAUCCCCAUCAAGGCCCCAGAAAGCCUCCAACAGGAAGCCAAACAGUGGGAAGACGCGCGCUAGACCCUUGACAAAACGCCCAGAGAACAAUGCAACCCAGAGAAAGAGAAAGCUCAAGGCGAAGCCAGACUUUUCCCACAGCAAACGGAGGCGGGUGGAUGCAAAGUAAGGGAAGACUGGCAGCCAAGAGAGAAACUGUUCUAUAGAAGUAACCUUUUAUUUUGCAUUAACUAUAUCUGCUUUUAUAAGCUUAUCAAGCCUUUCAAGUUACAGUUAAUAGAAAACACCACCGUUGGAGAUGUCAGAAAAUGCAUCUCAGGUAGAGGAGGGAACUUGUAGAGUCCUCUUCUGAGGUUAAGGGAAGUUAUAUAUUAUAUUCUGGUUGUUCCUUGGGUUUUAAACUUGGAACCAAGAAGUUUUCUUUUUAAAAAGUACAGUGCCUUAUUUAUCCUUUUUGUUUUAAAAUUUACAAAAGCUAAAAAGCUGAUCUAUGUGAUUAAAGGCUUGUAUUUUAUACUUGAUGCACAAGCACUUGUACUGUAGCCAAGAAGACCACCACCCUGCAUGAGAAAAGAGCUGUCAGCAGCCACCCUACCAUGUCUGUCCUAGAACAGACUCCCCCUUUGCAAACUCCAGCAGAACUUCCCUCUGUCUCCUUUUUUUUUUUUGAGUGUUUAUUUGAAAGCUAAACCAAAUUACGAGGAUGCAGAGGAUUUACCAUUAUUCUAAAAGAUUAAUACUUGCUACCCUCUUAAAAAUCAUAUUCAUUAUUGGUCACUCUUCUCACUUUGGACUUUUUUUUUUAACUUAUUUGAGAACAUAUUUUCUAAAUUCUAUGCCCAUAGGAGAAAAGAUGUCACAACUGUUAAUUUCGGUUUAUGACCUCCAAAAAAUAUUUGUGUCCUCAAACUGUAUUUCUGAGUCAUCCUCUUCAAUUUUGACCUUGAAGCCUUGCUAGCUCUCUGACCAGGUUUUCAUCCUAUUUUGCUCCCCCCUACAAAAAAAUUGUUUUGAUUUUAGUUUUACAAUUCUAAUUUUUGACAAUUAGGAUGAAAGUGACUUUCUUAUUUCCUUUCUUACCCCACAGCGCUUCCCUAUUCAGAGAGCCAACCUGUUAUUUACAGUAAUAGGAAAGCAAGAGUGUGGGCACAUGCACUGUCUCCCAGACUCAGUUUUUCCUUAGAAUACUUUUUCUUCCUCCAUGUAGUGUGUCCAGGAGCUAAGUAAUUAAUACCAGCCAGAUGGUUUAAAAGUAGCUCAAUGUCUCACACGUCCCAGCACCAUUUUGGCAUCAGACUUGGAGAAGUGGGAACAGCAGAAUUAUAUAAAGGUCAGAGAACCUGGAAGCUGGAAGAGGCUUCCUAGCAUCUCAGUGGGCCACACCCUUAAAAUCUAGCUGCGGGGCUCUGAUACAAAGGUACUUGCCUGGAGUGGAUGUCCAUUUCAAUCUAUUAGUACCACUGUAGUGGUUAAAUACUUGUAAUGUCACUCCUUCAUAUAUACGUGGCUCAGAAGCUGAGCUGCAUUAUCAUAAUUGCUGUUUGCCUUUCCUGGGUGGAGCCUGAGAUAGGCCCAUUGGCUUUACUUAGUAGCUAUGAUAGUGCUCCCUCAGAAUGUUCUUGACAUUUCCAUUGGGCCACUCUGCAAACCAUUUGGUUGUUAAAAGCCUCAGUCAGCUUCUUUGACGUGUUCUGUCACCAAAAUAGGUGUGUAUGGACAGCAUUUACUCUGUCCUUAUUUAAAAGUUUUCUAUGUAGGUUAUUUCAGAUCUUAGACUUUUCAUACAAAUUAUGGUAGAAUAGGCCUUCUAUUCUCUUUAAGGUUUGCUGUAUAUAGUGGAAACUUCUGAUGUUUGGAUAGGACUGGAGAAACGCAUUUGAUUCAUGAGAAAUUGGGAGUUGUGUUGAAUUUCAUAGUGAAAUUAUCUCUAUUAAAUUCUCUUUUUCCCUCUUCUCCUCUCCCCUCUCUCCUCUCCCCUCUCCAUCCCUCCCCUCUC